AUGGACCAGUCCCUUCUCGGCGGUGACGUGAUGGCGUCCUCUGCAGCGGCUGCCGGGGCUCCCAUGGCUCCUACAAGGCCACCCGGCGGAGCCCCCAGGCCUUCGUCCACGUCCUCCGGUGCCCUCGCGGCGUGCCGGCUCAUGGACCGGGUAGCGUCCGCUCUUCUGGCGACCAGCUCCUGGGCGUCACCGGGCGCUGGCGCUAAGAACACCUCCCUGCCGGCGCACAGUGGGAUUCCCGUGUGGCCUGGCACCGGCGGAGGGGACCCUUCUCCGUCGGUCCCUGGUCGCGCGCGGUGUCCCGGAACCCGCCUUGACCACCGCUCGGAGAGCCGGUCCGCGUCCUUGGCCGCCCGCAGGAGGUUUCUCCGGGAGGCAGUCCGACGGAACUCCGCCGGGCCCGCUUCAGCUGCCCCGGACCGUAGUGGCAGACCAUCCCCGCAGCCGCUGGCAUCCACCGCACCGCUAAGUCCCCGUACCCCGGCCACCAGCCCUGCUUCGGAUACAGGAGCCAUGCACCCCCCGCCGCUGUUUCCCUCCACCACCUUGAUCAUCGGUGACAGCAUCAUACGAGGUAUUCGUUAUUUUAAUGCCAUCACUCGCUCUUUCCCCGGUGCUACUGUUGCCGACAUCACAGCAAAACUCCCCGGUCUUCUCCAAUCACUUCCUGCCUCUAUCCACCGUAUCAUUGUCCACGUUGGCACCAACGACUCGGCUCACCAACAGUCUGAACAGACAAAAAAAGACUUCAGGACACUUCUCGAUAGCCUUCAGUGCAGCGGCAAAACUGUUUUUAUAAGUGGCCCUCUUCCAACACUGACACGUAGCAUCGAUCGUUUUAGCCGCCUCCUCAGCCUAAACUCCUGGCUUCGAGCCCUCUGCAGCCCCCUCUCCACCCACUUCAUAGACAAUUUUAACCUGUUCUGGAACCGACCCCCAUUCUUUUCUAAUGACGGACUUCACCCAAACAAACUGGGCCAUCAGACACUUGCCGCUAAUAUCCAACACCACAUACACACCAACUGA